UAUAAAACAAUGUUGCAAUCUACGAUGAGAGCUAUUUCAGAAAGAAGAGUUAUUUUGGCGAGUGGUUCGCCUAGACGACUAGAUAUAUUACAAAUUAUGGGAAUAACACCAGAAGUUAUUCCAUCAACUUUUAAUGAAAAUCUAAAUAGAGAUCAUUACAAAACCCACAACGAAUAUGUUGUCGAUCUCGCUAAGCAUAAAGUCGACGAUGUAUAUGAACGAUUAAAGGGAGACAGUAAUUUUAAAGAUUCGUUAAUAAUCGGAGCCGAUACAAUUGUUACCAAGGGAGAUAUAAUUUAUGGUAAGCCCAAGGAUAAAAAAGAUGCUUUUGAUAUAUUGUCAAGUCUUGUAGGAAGUACACAUAUUGUAUAUACCGGAGUCUGCAUUAAAUCAGAACAUAAAGAAAUAACGUUUUGUGAUUUUACGGAAGUAACGUUUGGAUGUAUAUUGGAAGAACAAAUACGUUGGUACAUUGAAACGGGAGAGCCAUUUGACAAGGCUGGAGGGUACGGAAUACAAGAAAAGGGCGGAUGUUUUGUAUCAAAAAUUAACGGAGACUUUUAUACAGUCGUGGGCUUGCCACUUUAUUUGACAAUAAAUUAUGUGAACAAUUUUUACUUAGAGUAUGAAGACAAAUAGAAAAUAUAAUAAAAAUUGGCAUAAAUACGAGAGUACAAAUUUUAAUCUGUAAGUUAUUAUGCGCUUUAUGAUGCAUAUAGUGUAGUUAAUCAUAUAUAAUACUACGGAAAUUACAUGGUUCAUAAGUUUCACAUACAUUUACUAAAAUUAAAUGGCUACUUAUUGUUAAUGUGAAUUAGUUAAAAGCAAUUUUAAUGUUUGUGUAAUUUUUCAUUAAAUUGUAA